GUGAAAAUGAUCAGUUAGUUAUUCUAUGGAUGGCCGAUUCAAUUUGGGGUUGAGGGUUGAGGCACUUCAGGGGUUGUUUGAACGCUUUAUAUUCAAACCGUACCCCCUAUCGUAACUCAUUCUUUCUCUACAUUAUAUUUAGAUAAAUAGUGAAAGGGAUAGAAUCAUAGAAUAUAAUCUGUCCAUUUGCAAGCCUGUGGCGAGCCUCUAAAGUACAAAUUGAUUGUAAAAAUAGUGAUUUGAUAAUGGAUAUAUGGUUAUAGUUGCCGGAAAAAAUAUAUUGAGAGCAUAAGUUGAAAUUUUGUUUAUAUAUUUGCUUAUAUAAUAUGUAAAUAAAUACCAGGGUAAUAUUUAUAUCCUCUUAAGGCAUAAAGAACAUGAUUUGGUAGGGUCUAAAGUAGUGCAGUUAAUAGUAAUAUCAUGAAUAAAAACAACGCUUGGUGGUUAAUAACAUUAUAAAUUGAGUGUUACAGAAGAGUUAGGCGCCAGGAUUUGAACGUAUUACAGGUAAACGAGUAGUACAAACAUUAUGAUUUCAAUUGCGCCAAAAAUAGAUGGAAGUCCAGAAGAAGACUUGGUAAAUUCACCCGAAGAUCGUAAUAAGAAGAAACGCGAGAGUAAAAGAAAAAGAUCUCCGUCUCCUCCAUCAAAAUUAGGUAAAAGAAAAAGUGGAAGAUGCCCAAUCAUAGGCAAAAAGGGUAGCAAAGAUGACGAGGAAGACUUAACCAAAGAUAUGGAAGAUCCUGUUCCUGAGCCCAAUAUUGUUGAAGUGAUUCCUUCUCCAAAUAGUCAGCCAGUUGCUAAAAAAGAUCAUGAGUUACAACCCCUGAAAGGGGGGUCUAUUACGGAACUUGAGGAAGGAGAGGAAAACUCUCAGACAGGAAAAACUAGUGAAAGCAAUGUGCAGGAUGAGGGACAAGAAGAUAACGUGACAGAACAAACUCAUCAUAUUAUAAUUCCUUCAUAUUCAGCCUGGUUUGAUUAUAACUCCAUCCAUGAAAUCGAGAAAAGAGCUAUGCCAGAAUUUUUUAACAGUAAAAAUAAGUCAAAAACGCCUGAAAUAUAUCUUGCUUACAGAAAUUUUAUGGUUGAUACCUAUAGAUUAAAUCCAACUGAGUACAUAACUAGCACAGCUUGCAGGCGAAAUUUGGCUGGAGAUGUUUGUGCUAUAAUGAGAGUUCAUUCAUUCCUAGAACAAUGGGGUCUUAUAAAUUACCAGGUGGAUACUGAUUCAAGACCGACUGCAAUGGGACCACCACCUACUUCGCAUUUCCAUAUCCUCUCGGAUACUCCAUCUGGUUUACAGCCUGUAAAUCCACCUAAAACGCCACAACCUAGCGCAGCUAAAAGUUUACUUGACCUGGACAAACCUCAAGAAACGAGAAAACUAGAAGCUCCUGAACCGUUGGCCAGUUUUGGCUUAAAACUAGAUCAGUAUGCCAAGAAACCAGCUAUUCUCAGGAAUAAAAAUGCUGCUUCUUUAACUCGCGAUUGGACAGAACAAGAAACACUUCUUUUGCUUGAAGGUCUGGAAAUGUAUAAAGAUGAUUGGAACAAAGUUUGUGAACAUGUGGGUUCUAGAACCCAGGAUGAAUGUAUUUUACAUUUUCUGAGACUACCAAUUGAAGAUCCAUAUUUGGAAGAUCCAGAAGCAGGAGGUGCUCUUGGUCCAUUAGCUUAUCAACCCAUUCCAUUUAGUAAGGCUGGAAACCCAAUCAUGUCAACAGUAGCUUUCUUGGCUUCUAUUGUUGACCCUAGAGUUGCUGCAGCAGCAGCAAAAUCUGCUAUGCGUGAAUUUGCUACUAUUAAAGAUGAAGUUCCCGCAGCUGUAAUGGACGCCCACUUAAAAAAUGUGGAGGCUGCAUCUGCAGAGGGUAAAUAUGACCCAGCAGCUAAUUUAGCCCUAUCAGGAAUAGCUGGAACUGUGCCUGAAAAGGAGGAUGAAGAAAGGUUGAAGAAGGAAGACAAAGAUUGUGACAAGUCUGUUGAAGCACAGAAGAAAUCUGCAGAAAACAAAGAUGAAAAGGUUAAGACUGAACCUGAGGGUGAAAAAGACGAGAAAAUGCAUAGCGGGGAUGUUAAACCAGAGAAGGCAAUAAAAGACAGCGAAAUGCAAAGCGCAGCAGCCGCAGCGUUGGCGUCCGCGGCUAUAAAAGCUAAACAUUUGGCGGCGGUAGAAGAGAGAAAAAUCAAAUCUCUCGUCGCUCUGUUGGUAGAGACACAAAUGAAAAAAUUAGAAAUCAAAUUGCGCCAUUUCGAGGAAUUGGAAACGACAAUGGAGAGGGAGAGAGAAGGUCUGGAGUACCAAAGGCAGCAGUUGAUCACAGAGAGGCAACAGUUCCAUUUAGAGCAGCUUAAAGCUGCGGAAUUUAGGGCGAGACAACAAGCCCAUCAAAGAUUACAAGUAGAUCAAGGACAGUGGUCGGGUCAACAAGUGCCAUCAUCAGGACAAAGUGAUGGUUCUAAUUCAAGCGACACUGGUGCCAGUACUACUCCGACUCCCCCAUCGCCUCAAGCAUCAGCAGUCUCCUCCCCUCAAGCACAACCCCAUCACCAUAUUGAUUAAUAUAUUUAUUUAUCAUAAUAGUAAUGUACAAGACAUUAUUCUUAGUUACUUUACCAAUGGCAUUUUACCAUCUCAUAUAUCAUAUUUGUUUCAACUAAUAAAAUAUCAGGAGACAUAAGUGUCAGCGCUUGAUAACAUCAAAGUUACUUAAAAAUUGGUACAUAUGCUUUAUUGAGAAAUUUAAAAAAAAAUUAAAAUAAGUGAAAAUUUCUUCUCAAAUAUUUUAGAUUCAGGGACGCCACUUUUUUACUUUUUUUAUUAUUCGAACUUUUUGUUUACUCUUUGUAUCAAAGGAAUUUUAUCUUUAAUUUAUUUUGAUGAAAAAGAAAUAUGGAAAUAUAUAUUAUGUUUUGUCUGAACUAAA